GACUGCAGUGUUCAGCGUAGCCGGCGCGCAGCGGAGGGUGCUCGGUCGCGGCGCCGGCUCCCACGGGUCCCCUCGGCCUCCUUGCUGCUGUUUGCCCGGCUUCUGUAAAGCCCCUCGCUUCCGGUUGCCCUCUUGUCCGCUUCCGGGUGACUUGGGCUCGGCUCCCGGCGGCGUUUCCCAGGAGCGGCGCGGGGCGGGUUGCGAUGCUGGCGGCGGGGGCGCCCGGGGCUGGCGGCUCGGAGCGGCCCGGCGGGCGGUUCAGCGUGUUGAGCUGGGAGCAGGUGCAGCGGCUGGACCAGAUCCUGGGCGAGGCUGUCCCCAUCCACGGCCGGGGCAACUUCCCCACCCUGUCCGUGCGGCCCCGCAGGAUCGUGCAGGUGGUCCGCAGCCGUCUGGAAAAGAAGGGAAUUGCAGUCCAUAAUGUCAGGUUGAAUGGCUCAGCAGCUAGCCAUGUCCUACAUCAAGAUAGUGGCCUGGGGUACAAAGACCUGGACCUCAUUUUUUGUGUGGAUCUGAAGAGUGAGGAGUCUUUCCAGCUAGUUAAAGAUGUGGUCAUGGACUGUCUCCUGGACUUCCUCCCAGAAGGAGUAAACAAAGACAAGAUCACCCCCAUGACUCUGAAGGAGGCAUAUGUGCAGAAGCUAGUGAAAGUAUGUAAUGAAACAGACCGCUGGAGCCUUAUAUCGCUGUCCAAUAACAGUGGGAAAAAUGUGGAACUCAAAUUUGUGGACUCUCUCAGACGGCAGUUUGAGUUCAGUGUGGACUCCUUCCAGAUUGAAUUGGAUUCUCUGUUACUAUUCAGAGAGUGCUCAAAGAACCCCAUGUCUGAGAACUUCCACCCCACAAUCACUGGGGAAAGCGUGUAUGAGGACUUUGGGGAAGCAAUGGACCAUCUCAGGAACCGAAUAAUCGCCACCAGGAACCCAGAAGAAAUCAGAGGUGGUGGGCUUCUGAAGUACUGCAAUCUCUUGGUGAGGGGGUUUAAGCCCAAGUCGGAAGUAGAUAUGAAGGCACUACAGAGAUACAUGUGCUCCAGGUUUUUCAUAGACUUUUCUGACAUCGGAGAACAGCAGCGGAAGCUCGAGUGUUACCUUCAGAGUCACUUUGUUGGGAUGGAGAGCAAAAGGUAUGACUACCUAAUGACCCUACACCAGGUGGUGAAUGAAAGUACAGUGUGCCUGAUGGGACACGAAAGGAGGCAAACUCUGAACCUCAUUGCCAUGCUGGCUGUGAGGGUGCUGGCUGAGCAGAACAUCAUCCCAACAGUAACCAAUGUGACCUGCUACUAUCAGCCAGCACCAUAUGUCAGCGAAAUAAACUUCAACUGCUAUGUCACCCAUGUGCAGCCCCUUCUGCCUUGCAGUCACUCCUACCCAACAUGGCUUCCUUGUAACUGAGCAUGGACAGCAUUCUCUAGGAUCUGUAUUCCAGGGUGCUCCCUGGCCUUGGCAGCCUUCUAAAAGAACUGUGACAAAAGGCAAUAUACUGGACUCUUUCUGAAGUUUUUUUUUCCAAAUUUGUUGGAACUAGCUGUGUGUGCUGUACACUGUGGAGAUUGGAUGUGCAGUGUAAUGGAAACUGUAGAUCUGAGAUGUUUGCAGGAAGACUUAUGAAUUAUGUGGGGAGUUGGGGGGAUUGUAGGGUUAGGCUAAAGGUAGAACUGCACUGCCCUGAAAUGCAAAUCAGUCUGAAUUUCCUUUAGUGCAGGAGGUUUUAAGGGUUGUGCAGACUCAUGGUUUCUGAAGAUAGAAGCCAGAGUGGCUGAUUCCUUUGAAGGACCAAAGAAUCCUGUUAAGUGCCUGUAACAAUAUAAACACAAUUGUACUGUAAACCUUUUUUUUUUUUUUUGGCAGGGGCUAAGAUCCCUAAGUGCUUGUGUGGGGAUGUCUUGAUGAUGUGUUUUGGAUGGGAGGGAGUCAUUUGAUCAUUUCUAGUAACAUAACAGAUGUUGGAUUGCAGGUGACAUAUUGCUAAAGCGUUUGGCAUGGCUUGCUGCUCGUGAAGGACUGGCUAAUAGUAUCUAAUAUCUCAAAGCUGAAUCGCACAGAGGUGGGGGUUGGCAUUGAAUGUAUGUCUAAAUGUAACAUGGGACACUGGGGCUGGGGAAGAAUUGCAUUGUGGAGAAUGCUGUCCAGAGCUUUAUGGAGAUGGGAAGCAGUAGAGGCCUAUCCAAGUAGUCACUAAAAAGCUCCCAAAUUGGCAGUGCCAAAAUUUUCAGCAACUUGUGUACAUAAACAGUAAAGCAAAGGAUCUGUUUGGAAGUCUGCCAUAGGUUAUACUAGUACAAAGCUAUAUGUCUUCUAGGGAAUUUGAAAUGCUGCUACUUUUUGGCAUGCAGUGUAGUUUUAAUGCACAAACCAACCAAUGGUCAGCUGGGCUAUCUGGGAAAGACCAGGCUUGUCCUGAAGCACAAACCAGCUAUUGGCUAGUCAAACCAUUAACCAUAGCAGUUGCUUUUAUGUAGGCUGGAGCCAGUUUUAGGUAAAAUGCUUAGAACCCUGUCCCUCAAGUAUUAGAGUCCUAGCAGAUUCUCUUGAUUCUAGCCUGCCUUGGCUAGAGAAUAAAUCUUCCUUUCUGUGCCCUUGGUCCUUUUGUCAAAAGCAGCCUGUUCUUUCAGCUACACAAUUCCACAUCUGAGCAACAGAUAUGAGAUUAUGAAUCUAAAAUGGUUAGAAAUGAAACAUGACUUCUUUUGUGCAAAAAAAAAAAAAACAACCCUAAGUUUGGCUUUAGGAAAAGGUAUGUCAUGUUUUU